AAAUGCUUCUUCUGUUAUCCAGGUUUAAAACAAUCAGUAUGCUCUAUUUUUUUCUUUUUAAAUAUAAACUUGCUGGACUUUCAUUUACUAUGAAAUUAAAAUUAAAACAACUAGAAUGCCAAAUUUGUAGCGUUCUUGAGCUACAAAUUUCAAUGGCCGCACAGAAUUGUUCCAAGCUCCACAAAUGGCCCCCAACCCUCACUUUGGACACCAUGAUGACUGAGUAAAAGUCAUCUAGAAAGAAUAUAACAAACGCCGACAGGAAAGGGGGACAAAUGCUAAUUCUCUGAUCAAUUAAAACGACCAAUUAAGAAGAAUUUUUAUCCAAAAUAUGAGAAUGUCAAAUCAAGCAGGUGUAACAGACAGGGAGAGAUGGAGGCAGAUUGGUUGCUGUGGCGCCCCCUGGGGGUAGCAACCGAGUCAAACGUAAAGUGCGGUCAUUAAACAUUUGCACCGAAAUUAGAGUUAAAGAGCUGAACGUCUCAGCCUGAAACAGCAGAAAUAAUGAUUUCUGCAUCAAUCUCUCCCGACAUUCCUCACGCCUCUCCGGGCAGGAAGAUCGCCUCUUAUCUAUGAAUCAACUGAUGGAAAUACGUGGAAAAAAAAACUUUGUUUUCCCCUCGUUUUCCCUUCAGCAGAACUUUUAUUUGGAUGAUCAGCAAGUUUUGAGGAAACGCCUGUUUUUUUACACGAACCCGCAGACAGUCUGAAGCGGAAAGACCCGAGUCCUGAAACUUUCAUCACACAAGAGUUUUUCCACGAUUGGAUCAGCCCUCUUCCUCACUCGGCCCAACCCAGAUGAGCUCCUGAUACCACAAAUUAAUUCAUUUUUACUCUAGUUCUUGAAAAUUCCAAGCAAUCUCUGCCUUCCAAGAUGGACGUGACCUGCCUUCCUUCCAACAACUCUUUUGUGCCAAGCCAAACAUGUUACGCACAAAACCUGACCUCAAUGAAUAUUUUUAACGCCUCUUUCAUUGGAAUCGUGUCUGUCAUCGGCAUCUUGGAGAACCUUCUCAUCCUGGCAGUAGUGGGCUUCCGUGUCAGUCGCUCCAUCAUCAGCAUCUGGAUACUGAACCUGGCAGCGUCGGACCUCCUGGCCACAUUUACCUUGCCCUUCUACACUCUCUACCAUGCCCUGGGAAACAGCUGGAUCCUGGGUUCGACCUUCUGCCGCAUCUAUUCCUCCGUCUUCUUCUUCAACAUGUUUGUCAGCGCCUUCCUGCUAGCCGCCAUUUCUCUUGACCGCUGCCUGGUGGUGGUGCGACCCGUCUGGGCUCAGAACUACCGAAGCACACAGCUGGUAGGGAAGGUUUGUUGUGUGCUUUGGGCCUUAGCUGUUCUCCUCACUAUCCCUUUCUUUAUGUUCCGUGACGUCAUUCCCCUUGGAAAAGGCAAGUGUCUGUGCUACUACGAUUACUCCCUGUAUCUCCCAAGUGAAACCUUUGACCUUAAAGCUCUAUGUAGGCAGCGCAAAGUGGGUUUGGCUUUUAUGAAGCUCUUUUUUGCCUUCCUGAUUCCUUUCGCAAUUAUCAUUCUCAGCUAUGUCGCUGUGAAUUCCAGCUUAGCACAAAGAGGUUGUCGCAGACCUUUCCGAUUUGUUCGACUCGUGAUAGCCGUGGUGGUGACCUUUGUCCUUUGCUGGGCUCCGUACCACCUUUUCAUUAUCAUAGAAGUGAUGUCUCCCAAAAACAGUUCUGCGCAGAAAGUGGCAACCAAAGUCCUUCCGAUCUCAGCAACGAUUGGCUUCCUCAACAGUGUCCUCAACCCCAUCCUGUACGUCUUCAGCUGCCCUGACUUGUGUCGUAAAAUCAAGCAUUCCCUCGGAGCGGUCAUGGAGAGCGUCCUUGCCGAGGAUCUGGCCGAGUUGGCACGGCGUCGCAGCACCGUUCGCAGCUCCAUCAGCAACUCUGAAUAUUCCAUGAAGAAGAAAUACUCAGUUUCUACGUCAAGUCCGAAAGAUGGUGAUUCAGGACAGGCGGAAAGUCUCAGCAACUCGGCUGAGAUCUGAAAUGUGAAUUUUUAAAGAUGAAAAGAAGAAGCCACUCAAUCUAGGCAACAUACUGCACCUGAUCUCAGCAUCUGUUUCAGAAAACAACGAUCUAUGACGGACUUGCCAUCUUUCAGUUGUUAAAGUUUCUUUCAACAAGCCAGACUUUCUUGGAAUCUCUUGGAUCUUAAACCAGCAAGGUCUUUCUUUAGACUGGCUGCUUUUUCACCCAUCUUUAGCACAGUUUCUUGCAAUUUUCCUCAGAAAUGUUGACUGUAGUGCCUCUUAACUAUGAAUCAAGGCGCUGAAACUCCAGGAUCGGCCCUGUCGUUUCAACAAACGACAGAGAACUUCGAAAUGAACCAACAGGUAUUCUACGUUUUAUGACUCUAAGGGAGAGUUCAGACACCCUGCAGAGAAAAAUUACUGUAGAUGCUUGUGUCUGUAUUUCGUUCUUUAAGUCUCGACCAAGAUGUCGUGACCAUUGAGGAGGAUAGGAACGUAGAUUGACCUGUAAACUUCACAACGCCACACCAAUCCACCUAUUUGUCUUCUGCUCUGUUCCCUUAUACUCAUUCUUGUAUAAUGAUCUGAAAUAUGUUAGGGACAAAAAAAGACAAAAAAAAAAAAAUACAAAAAUACAUUUCGAGUGACUAAUUACUAUUUGUGAUGUUUGAAAACAUUUUAAUCGCUAUAGAUGUGUGGAGUUUUUACUUUUGUACUUUUUAUUGUUAAAAAAAAAGUUUUUUUGAUACUUAAUGGUUCCUCCAGUCUUGUACAGGAUGUACUUACAUCUUUCAUUAUUAUUGUACUGAAGAGAAACAAGCAUCAUGCAAUUUCCUCAUUUUGUUUUGAAUGUUUAUUAUUCAUGGCUUGCUGAGUCAAAACGACCAUGUGGUGUUUUUUUUGUUUUUUUAGUCAUUAUAGAUCUUAUCAGUGGUUGCAGGUGCUUAUGCAAUUGAUUUAUUUUCCAGGAAGUGUCUCUCAAAUACAUUGACUUUUUUGUAAUGCAUGGCUCAGAAUCUGCUUUUAAAUCUGCAUCAUUUUGUAUGCAUGUAUGUUUUUUAUCAUAAAAAGAAAAAAUAUAAAUAUAUGCUGUAAAAAAAUAAAAAAAGAGGAAAACA